AUGGACCUAGAGCCAGAACUAAGCGAGAAAGAACUUGCUGCCAAGUCUCAGUUGAAUCUUCCGUUUACCUCGCUAUCUAAACAAAGUGAACUGAAUAACCUCCGAAUGGCCGAUCGCAAAGUACGAGUAGGUGGUCAAAUCAUCUACACACCAGAUAAGGAGGAUGACUUGGACGAUAGCGAUCCUGAUGAAGAUCUCAAUUUAUGA